AAGCUUGUGCGACAGCCCGACCCCGACGCUUGCGCACCGCGAAGGCUCUGACCACGCCGGUUUGACAAACGCAGAGGAUUUGGAUACACUCUGAUCGCGCCGCAUGCGCACCACGAUCUGCCAUGGACAGCCAUGGAUCGCCGUACAUACGCAACCUGCGAUCUUGCAUCACUGCGGGCACACCAGAAUCUUCGAGCUCCGAAAACCCCUACGAACAUCGGUCCCGCCUGGUAACCUAUACGGACUCCGAAUCUUGUCAAAAAAUGCUGCGAACAUGAUGCGUUUCAGCCGAUUUCAGCGUGUCUUCGGCGAACAUGCUACGAACAUGAAUACUGUGGGAGCAUUUUCAGACAAGCAGCUUCCGUACAGGGUGGCAUCGUGGUGGGUUCAAAGUGCACAUUGGAGCAACGUCGAGCGACGCGAAGCUUGGCACACUGUACAUAAAAAUAUACGCAGGCAGGCGGUUCCAGCCGUGAAGUCGGCAUGUCUUCAGUGUCCACAGUGGUACACCAAAAUGAUUGUCCCCUCGAACGAUGUACAGCGUACGCCCACCGGGGCUCCAGGAAACUUAGACUAUUCCUUGGAGUUAGGCUGCACUUUGCGAUGCUCGGCAGUUGGGAGUUUGGCCUUGGACGCUGUCCUACACACGGCUGUCAGAUGUUUGCGUUACAGUACCACACAGUACUGCCAGCAGCACGUAAGAUAGGUCCUGCACAAAGCGACAAUAACGGCGUCCACAUUAACAGGAGAAAGAGAGGUAUAGAGGCUCUGCGACAAGUCGUCAAAUGCGCUGACAAGACAAAGAGAUGGAGCUAGCAACCACGGCUACAACGUCCCAUAGGCUUGCACGAUAGAUUAUUUGGUGUCCGCGAUCACCACUGCCCUACAAUAUCCAAGCUGACACACCCUCUCCGGCUAUACCACGAGUCGAUUGUUCUACACACAAGUGCGUGCGGGCGCAGCAGAUUAGAGCAAGUGUUUGAAGCCCGCAUCCUUGCACUUCUU